AUGGCUGCCUACUGUGUUUACAAUUUUCUUCCACCUGUUUCAUCUGAUUUGGAUUUGUUAUUUCAUGAUUUUGAAAAAGAAACUUGUCAUGAUUAUAAAACAUUUGCAACAUUAUGGAAACAUCAUAAAUUUGAAUAUUUUUUCAAAAUAGCUGACAUACAACCAAAUUCAUUCCGUUUUUUUUUAGAUGAUUCGAUGACUGUAGCUGCUGCUUAUCUAUGUGAACCAUGGCGUUUACCAAUUCGUAUUGGUGCAUUAUAUUGUUUAUUUACACUAUAUAUUAGUCAAAUUGAAGAACCAAAAAUAAAGAUUCGUUUGCCAUUAGAUUCAUGGGAUGAUUUAAUAUCAAUGAUGGAAAUUAUUGAUCAGACACAAAAUGAUGACAAAAUUAUGUUCUUAAAAAUGAUUGCUGAUAAUGCAUUUUCAAUAUCGGCAACAAGACAUGAAAUGGGUCCUCGUUUUUUCAUGAAAGUAAUGCAAACUAAAUCGUCAAAAUAUAUGCGUUCUGAAUCAUUGUUAUCCUCCCGUUUAAAUGUUGAUGAAAAACUCUUAAAACUUUGUGAAGAAACACAUGACUUGUACACAACAGCAAAAGACAGUUUAUUAAGUACGAUUGGUACGGCAGAUGUACCAGAUGAAUUACAGUCCAUACGCACGAAUUUUAUCGAGCAAUUAAAAACUGGACUUGGAUUGGAUUCAACUCAAGUUGAUGCGUCGACAAUGCCAAAGCGUCGAUCAUCUGUUGGUGAACGUCGAAGUAGAAUUCGUGCAAAAGCCACAACAAUAAACCUGAAGCAAGAAGAAGCAUCGGAUCUCGACGAAACAUGCCUGAAACAACAAGAAGACAAUAACAACCCGCACCAACAUGAAACACAGCAAAAAAAACGCCGUCGUACCAGAAAAAAACGAAACAAAUUCACAGAGCUAUAA